CGGACAGUUGCCAUUAGCGUUGAGAGGCAGAUGUUGCACUUUUUUAGAUGGGACCUGGGUAUGACUCAGGCAAUAACAACACGAGCGUGGGCGCAUUUGACGUGAACCGUGUCUCGUUUCCGGCGAAUUCAGUGUCCGCAAAAACAAACACAGCCAAUCAGGACCAGGUCAGCCAGAUGCCGCGGUGGCAAAUCUGCAUCGUGGAUUAAAGUACAAUGUCCUGAACAGAGCUGAAAUAACACCUCACUUCUUCUUCUUACUUCACUUGUGCAGGUGUGGGCACGAAAACACUUCACUCUCUCAGUAAUCAGACGAAUACACGCACACAAAGACACACUCGCAGUUCAGAGGCCACUUCAGACGAGGUUCUUGAAUUCAGAUGAGCUCGCUGGCGAAUAGACGCACACACACACUAACGCAAAAUUUGCAAUUUAAACGAUGCUUUUGUCUAGCGCCAUGUGAUCAUCCCUUUCAUCAGUUACAUUUGUUCACUCCGUCCAUCCAGCCACCCCAUCAUAUGUGCGCUCCCCACAGCCCGUUUGUCAUGAAUGGCUUGUUCAUUUAGAGGAAACAGACGCAGAUUAAUAGACGGGAACUAAACUCGAGGACUGAACUGAUGGAUUGAGGCUCUGAACACUUGGGACAACACAAGAUCGGUCAGUAUGACAGGUCCAGGACAGGACUCACAAAGACUGUCUGUGAAGACAUGGACAGAGGAGGAGAGUGAGCGAGCUGACAGCACACUUAGCAGGGGACAAUCUGUGUGUGAUGACACGUCUUCAGAGCUACAGAGGAUGGCGGCCAUUGACAGGAGAGACAUCAGUUCCCAGAAUUCCUUUCGUGGAAGAGGGGCCCUCUCCAGGUUAGUCAGUAUGGUGAUGACUUUGAGAGAAUGGGCUCAUAAGAGCUUGGCUGAGGAGACGGAGCGACCAGAUUCCUUUCUGGAGCGAUUCAGGGGCCCCGCCAACAUGGACAUACAGGCCCCGCCCAGCAGGUUCAGCCACAGCCGCACGGGCUCCGAUACGGAGAAUGAAAUGAGACGCUCCAGGCGCACGAGGAGGAAGUGUAAUGUGGUGGUCUUGUCCCCGUCUGAUGAUGUGUACUACCACUGGCUGAUCCUGAUUGGUGUGGCAGUCUUUUAUAACUGGACUCUACUAGUAGUCAGGGCCUGUUUCGAUGAGCUCCAGAUGAAGAACGUGCUGGUGUGGCUGGUGCUGGAUUAUGUCUGUGAUGGAGUCUAUAUCCUGGAUAUCGCUGUACGUCUGCACACAGGAUUCUUGGAUCAAGGCUUGAUGGUGACAGACGUGCGCCGUCUGAGAGAAACCUACAUUCGAACGCUGCAGUGCAAACUCGACAUCUGCUCCAUCCUUCCGACUGAUCUCCUGUACCUGACCGUGGGAAUCAUCUACACUCCUCUUCUGCGAUUCAACCGGCUGCUGCGCCUGCCGCGUCUGUUUGAGUUCUUUGAGCGUACAGAGACUCGGACGAGCUACCCCAACGCUUUCCGCAUAUGUAAGCUGGUCCUGUACAUCCUGGUCAUCAUCCACUGGAACGCCUGUGGCUAUUACAGCUUCUCCAAGGUCCUGGGACUGGGCUCGGACUCGUGGGUUUAUCCCAACGCAUCGGACCCUGAGUUUGGCUCCCUGACCAGAAGUUACAUAUACUGCUUGUACUGGUCGACCCUGACUCUGACCACCAUUGGAGAAACACCUCCUCCUGUUAGGGAUGAAGAAUAUCUGUUCUUGAUAUUUGAUUUUCUGAUUGGUGUUCUGAUUUUUGCCUCCAUCGUGGGUAAUGUUGGCUCCAUGAUCUCCAACAUGAAUGCCACCAGAGCAACCUUUCAAACCCGCGUAGACUCACUCAAGCACUACAUGCACUUCAGACACGUCAGCAAGGGACUAGAACAGCGUGUCAUUCGUUGGUUUGACUACCUCUGGACCAACAAGAAGACCAUAGAUGAACAGGAAGUGUUGAGGAGCCUGCCGAACAAACUGAGAGCAGAGAUCGCAAUUAAUGUUCACCUGGAUACACUGAAGAAGGUGCGUAUUUUCCAGGACUGUGAGGCAGGCCUCCUUGUGGAGUUGGUGUUAAAACUUCGACCCCAAGUUUUCAGUCCUGGAGACUACAUCUGUAGAAAGGGAGAUGUGGGUAAGGAGAUGUACAUAAUUAAAGAUGGCCGCCUGGCGGUGGUGGGGGAGGAUGGAGUCACGCAGUUGGCCGUUCUGACCUCAGGAAGCUGCUUUGGAGAAAUUAGUAUCCUGAACAUCAGCGGCAGCAAGAUGGGCAACAGGCGAACAGCUAAUAUCCGGAGUCUGGGAUAUUCUGACUUGUUCUGCCUUUCCAAGCAAGACCUGAUGGAGUCACUCCAGGAGUUUCCCCACGCCAGGGCCCAGCUGGAGCAGAGGGGGCGGGACAUCCUGCAGAAGGAGGGGCUUCUGGAGGAAGUGAACGUGUCUGCAGGGGAGGAGUUGGAGGAGAAGGUGGAGAGACUAGAAACCAGCCUGGAUCGAAUGCAGACGUGUUUGGCUCGCCUGCAGAGUGAGUUCAACUCUUCGCAGCUUCGACUGAAGCAGCGACUCACGACCCUGGAAAGCAACAUCACCACCGUAGUGAGCGGGAGUGGCUUCUUGUCGGACGCAGACGGCAACGAGAGCGUUUACGGGGGUGAUGGUGCCCGAAGUGAAAUCAACAUCCGCCUCUGAUGGACACAUCACAUUGUUUAUAUUGUUUUGUCAUUCAUUUUAAGUAAUUGUAUUGUAUUUUGAAGCUUUCUCAAUGUCUGUUUCUGAACUCACCAUGUACAUAAAAUUACAAACAUGUAAGUGACCAAUACUUUGACUGGUGGAGACAGUUUAAUUAUUAGGCCAAAGGAAUGAAAACAAAAACUUUUGUCUUAACGAUGAUAUCAUUUGUGCAUUCAGUUUCUGUAACCACUUGUCCUUUGGAGGAUCACAGGGAGGCUGGAGCCUAACAAAUAUUUGUUAAUGCACUAGGGGGCAUUUAGAUUAAACCAUCUUCGACACA